AUGCCGGCUGGCGGGGGCGCCUACUUCUGGGUGGUGGUCGCCUCGUUCCGCCUCCCCGACUCGCAGGCCCUCGGGUGCCGGCCCGACGGCGAGGGCUCCUGGGCCAUCGGGGUCUUCUACGGCAGCAGCCCCUUCCACCUCCGCCCCAUCGAACUGGAAGGGAGGAGCAGCGCCAACGGCUCCGCGUGGCCGGUGGCCAACCCCGUGCUCACCUGCGCCUCCGCCACCGACGCCGGCUACCCCAGCAACUUCGUCGCCGACCCCUUCCUCUACCUGCAGGGCGACACACUGUUUCUUUUCUUUGAAACAAAAACAACUACCUCAAUGCAUGGUGAUAUUGGUGUUGCAAGAAGCUUCGAUCAAGGUGCAACAUGGGAGUUUCUUGGUAUUGCUCUAGAUGAGGCAUGGCACCUGUCCUACCCUUUUGUGUUCAAAUAUGAGAAUGAGAUUUAUAUGAUGCCAGAGGGGAACAAAAAGAAGGAGCUUCGACUUUAUCGUGCUACUAAAUUUCCGCUCGAAUGGACAUUGGAGAAGGUGCUCAUCAACAAACCACUUAUUGACGCCUCAUUAGUCCAAUAUGAGGAUAACUGGUGGCUCUUUGCCUCGGAUUUUACACGGUAUGGAACUGAGAAGAAUGCAGAGCUUGAGAUUUGGUACAGUAGCUCUCCUCUUGGUCCUUGGAAAGAGCACAGGCAGAACCCUAUUUACAAAGCUGACAAAAGUUUGGGAGCUCGAAAUGGUGGAAGGCUCUUCAUGUUUGAAGGGUCGUUGUAUCGUCCAGGUCAGGAUUGCAGCGGAACCUAUGGACGGAAGGUUAAGUUGUACAAAGUUGAAAAGCUAAGCAAGGAAGAAUACAAAGAGGUGCCAGUAGAACUUGGGAUUGAAGAGCCAAAGAAGGGGAGAAAUGCCUGGAAUGGUAUGAGGUACCAUCACUUGGACGCGCAGCAACUUGACUCUGGUAGAUGGAUAGCUGUAAUGGAUGGUGACCGCGUUCCUUCAGGCGAUUCAACGCGAAGGUCCAUCUCUGGUUACCUGGGUUUCUUGCUAGCCAUAGUUCUGGUCACUUUUGUGGGGUUUGUGAAAGGUGCAAUCAAUUGCUACAUCCCUCCGAGUUUCUGGGCUGCCCCGGCAAGGAGAAAUGAAUUGUCCCGUAUCUUGCCUGUCUACCGCUUCAACCAGAAAGUCCGCAGAUAUUCUACCAGCCUUGGCAGAUACAUCACAGCCACCAAAGCAAGGCUCAAUGAGAAAACAUGGUCCAACAAGCUCUUCUUCUGCGUGAUUGCUCUAUUAGGGACCGUGAACGUCUGCAUCGCUGUGCACUUCCUACUUGGUGGUAAUGGCACGGAAGAGGCAUACACACAUCAAGGUCAGCGCUCUCAGUUCACGUUGGUCACCAUGACAUAUGAAGCUCGGCUCUGGAACUUGAAAAUGUUCGUCGAACACUACUCCAGAUGCGAGUCGGUCAGGGAGAUAGUUGUCGUCUGGAACAAAGGCAACCCUCCUGGCAGUGACGCCUUCGACUCCACGGUGCCUGUCAGGAUACGAGUGGAGGAGCUCAACUCUCUCAACAACAGGUUCAGAGUCGACCCUCUGAUAAAGACCCGGGCCGUCCUCGAGCUGGACGACGACAUCAUGAUGACCUGCAGCGACGUAGAGAAAGGGUUCAAGGUGUGGAGGGAGCACCCCGAGCAGAUGGUCGGCUUCUACCCACGGAUGAUCGACGGCGACCCUCCGCAGUACAGGAACGAGCGGUAUGCCAGGGGCAAGAAGGGCUACAACCUGAUCCUCACAGGUGCCGCAUUCAUGGACAGUGAGUUUGCUUUCAAGAGGUACUGGAGCGAGGAGGCCAAGGAAGGGAGGGACUACGUGCACAAGAACUUCAACUGUGAGGACCUGCUGAUGAACUUCAUGUACGCGAACGCGAGCUCCGGUGCCGGGGGGAGGACGGUGGAGUACGUGCACCCGGCGUGGGCCAUCGACACCUCCAAGCUCUCCUCCGUCGCCAUCAGCCGCGACACCCAGAAGCACUACGACGUGAGGACCAAGUGCCUGGCCAAGUUCUCCUCCAUAUACGGCCCUCUGCCACAGAAAUGGGAGUUCGGCAGGCGACAAGAUGGCUGGGACAAAUAG